UGGCGCUGAGUAUAAAACCAGCAGCAUCACACACACUCCUCAGAAAUCUCCCAUCAGAUCACGCACAGUCACGCACGGACACAGGACGGGAUGCCUGCGAACUGACGAGCUGCGUCCAUUAAACAAAAGAGAAUCAGCAUCAUGACCAGGUCUGUGAGAGGGGAGCACACGUCAGUGGAAUCGGACGAGCAGCGGGAGCUCUGCAGCCCUGCAAGCAGAGAGACCGAGAGGGCAGGAGCCGGAGCGGGAGUUGAGGAGGAGGAGGAGGAGGAGGAGGACCAGCUUCACCAUCUUGGGGAAGACGAAGAGGAGGACGACGAGGAAGACGAAGAGGAAGAGGAAGAUGGCGAGAACAAACCCAAGAGGCGAGGGCCGAAAAAGAAAAAGAUGACCAAGGCUCGUCUUCAGAGGUUUAAGGUCCGUCGAAUGAAAGCCAAUGCCCGGGAGAGGAAUCGCAUGCACGGGCUAAACGAUGCCUUGGAGAGUCUCCGAAAAGUUGUCCCAUGCUACUCCAAAACCCAGAAACUGUCCAAGAUUGAGACCCUGCGCCUUGCCAAGAACUACAUCUGGGCUCUAAGUGAGGUCUUGCGCUCUGGCAAGGCUCCUGACCUCAUGGGUUUCGUCCAGGCUCUCUGCAAAGGUCUGUCUCAGCCGACCACUAACCUGGUGGCAGGCUGCCUUCAGCUGAACCCUCGGACCUUCCUUCCGGAGCAGACUCCGGACAUGCCAACGCAUCUUCCCCCUGCCGGUGCUGCUGCCUAUCCUGGACACUUCUCCUACCAGAGCCCUGGACUGACAGCCGGUUUGCCCAGCCCCCCCUAUGGCACCAUGGACCCUUCACACAUCUUCCACCAGGUCAAAGGUCAGCCAUACGGCUCCUUGGAACCCUUCUUCGAUGGAGUCCUGGUUUCAGAUGGCCCGGCAUUCGACCCGCCUCUCAGCCCCCCUCUGAGCAUCAACGGUAACUUCUCGUCCUUCAAGCACGAACCCGUUGCUGCCUCCGACUAUGACAAGAGCUUUUCCUUUAGCGUGCACUAUGGAGGUGGAGGAGCUGGUGGCCAUCCCUCCGUCUAUGGCAGCGGGGGGCCCAACCCACGGUGCGGUGAGCUGCAAGUGGAACAAUUGAUGGGAUUCGAUGGACACUCACACCAUGAACGGUUGAUGAACGCCCAGUUAAACGCCAUCUUUCACGACUCCUGAGGAUGAAGGACUGUGAGACUGAUGAAGACAGAGAGACCAUGAUAUGAGGAGACUUCUAUCAUUUAAUCACUGUCUUACAGUCUGUCCUUGUUUUUCAUCUUGUUGUCCACAUCAGGAUCUUUAACUUCUCUUUAUGAUGGUGAUUUAACAAUCCCGUAACCUUCUUUGUAGCUCUUCACCUGGCAAGAGAUGCUCUUUGAAUGUCUUGUCAGUGUUCAUAUUAUCAUUUAAAAAUAAUCAAUAAUCAAUGAGCAAUAAUCUGGAGAAAACUAUGCAAUUUUGUUAACAUCUGAGCAAUGCUCAGCUGAUGAUUCCAAAUGUUGAAAGAAUUAAGAUUUCUCUAUUUUUUGGGGGUCAGUGUGUGAGGCAACGUAGGGCUGGUGUCAGGCUGAAGUGUUAAUGUUGUUCAUGUUGUUUUUAAGUUUUUGCUUUUUAUAUGGUUUCUGUAGCAUUUAUGUUAUUUCAUGUGACUCUUGUUCAUAUUUUAUAAGAUAGAUGUUUAUAAAGGCCUUUUAUUAAAAGGAAUUUCACGUGA